UUUUUUUUUUUGCCAUUCAGACCAGCAUGAAAGAUCAGCUUUUUGAAUUACUUCAACCUUGGCUUGUCAAACUCGAUGCUUCUGUACGAUCGAUCGCUGCCAAUGUUACUGUAGAAACGGACUGGGCACAGUCUUCUUAUGGUUCAUGGUAUAAUCAGCCUUUUCAACAUGGUUUAGAGCUAUUGUUUCUUGCGACAACGUAUGGUUUCGUCACUUACUUCAUGUUCCGUCGGCUACUGACUCCGGGCACCAAGAAUUAUGAACGUCUGGUGGCAUUUCAACCUGUUAUGAAAGCCUCUGUCACAGAAAGGUCGGUGACCUUUGCCUUAUUUCUAUCAUUAUUACUGACGUUAACGCAUAAGGUCAUCCGACACCGGGUAUGGUUUAUGCUGCAACCAUGUCAUAUGAGCGGCGUCCUGCUUUUAUUUACGCUUGUUUAUCCUAACAAACGGUCACCCAUUCCUCAAAUCUUUUUCAACAUAUAUCUUCAUUUGCAAUGGGGCGCUUUGGCAGCCUUGGCCUUCCCAGACUUGAGAGAACAUUCUUUAAUAGGUGAGACGUUCAACUUUUUUGCUGAGCAUAUUUUAUUGCUAUUGGUACCCGUAUAUAUGAUAUACAGCCGUCGAUACAUUGUUCUGCCGAGAUCCAAGGAGAUUUUGUUUUUGUCGUUCUUCUCCUACAGUUUCUUCCAUACACCGUUAUUGCAUGUUAUCUCGCUUACUACUGGAUUCAACUUGAAUUACAUGUGGGCCCCACCUCCCAUUAAAAUACUGCUUAGAUUAGGUCCCUUCUAUCGAAUUGUUAUGUAUGGUAUGGCAUUCAUCUUUAAAUUUAUUACACGCUUUAUCCUCGUUGAAGGCAUCGUUUCCAUUCUACCACGCAAGCAAGUACCCAUUCAAAGCUAUAAACAACCACCACGUUCCAAAAAGAUCAAUUGAAACCAUUACAGUAAUACCCCCUUUUAAUACUUAUCCGAUGAAAGGAUGAUGUCACCUCAUUUUAUAAUAUUCAUAAUGUACAAACAAUCACACACUGUUAGAAUAAAAUC